CCCUCUCUCUCUCUUUGAGGCGGAGAACAAAGAACGAGAAGACGCCAUGGACCGGAUGAAGCCCAACGCCGCCAACAGCUGCCCGCUGACUCCUCUGUGCUUCCUCGAGCGUACCGCCACCGUCUACGGUAAUUGCCCCUCCGUCAUCUAUCGCCGCACCGUCUUCACCUGGUCUCAGACCCUCCGACGCUGCCUCCGCCUCGCCUCUUCCCUCUCCUCCCUCGGCAUCUCCCGCGGCGACGUCGUAUGGCCUCCAUCCGAUCCCAUUCCCAUCCAGAGGUCUCCGUGCUGGCCCCGAACGUGCCGGCCAUGUACGAGAUGCACUUCGGCGUCCCGAUGAGCGGCGCCGUCCUCAACACCAUCAACCUCCGCCUCGACGCCCGCACCAUCUCCGUCCUCCUCCGCCACAGCGGCUCCAAGCUCAUCUUCGUCGAUCCCCAGUCCCUUCCCCUGCUCUACGACGCCCUCUGCCUCCUCCCCCACUCCCACCAACCCCCCCGUGUGGUCCCCAUCGAGGACCCCUACGAAGAGAACGCCAAUAGCUCCGUACUUUCAGCCGCCGUCGGUGGCCUCACCUAUGAGAAAUUGAUCGAGAUGGGCGACCCGGAGUUCAAGUGGGUCCGCCCAAAGAGCGAGUGGGACCCCAUGGUCCUCAACUACACGUCCGGCACCACCUCCGCCCCUAAAGGCGUCGUCCACUGUCAUCGCGGUCUCUACAUCGUCACCGUCGACUCCCUCAUCGACUGGUCCGUCCCCAAGCGCCCCGUCUAUCUCUGGACCCUCCCCAUGUUCCACGCCAACGGCUGGAGCUACCCCUGGGGCAUCGCUGCGGCCGGCGGCACCAACGUCUGCCUCCGCCGCUUCGACGCCGCCACCAUCUACGCCGCCCUCGCCACCCACCGCGUGACCCACAUGUGCGGUGCCCCCGUGGUCCUCAACAUGCUCGCCAACGCCCCGGACUCCGCCCGCAAGCCCCUACCCGGCACGGUCCGGAUCCUCACAGCCGGCGCUCCGCCACCAGCAGCGGUGCUCCACCGAGUGGAGGCGCUCGGUUUCUCUGUUGGUCACGGGUACGGGCUCACCGAGACAGGCGGAAUGGCGUUGUCCUGCGCGUGGAAGGUGGAGUGGGACCGGCUGCCGGCGGCGGAGCGGGCCAGACUCAAAGCGCGACAAGGGGUUCGAACUUUGGCCAUGACGGAUAUCGACGUCAUCGACAGAGCCACCGGGCGGAGCGUGAGGCGAGACGGUGCUACCAUGGGAGAGAUAGUUCUCCGCGGCGGGUAUGUGAUGCUCGGUUACUUAAAAGACGAAGAGGGGACUAGCCGGGCGGUGCGGCCGGACGGGUGGUUCUACACGGGUGACGUGGGGGUGAUGCAUUCAGACGGGUACGUGGAGAUCAAGGACCGGUCCAAGGACGUGAUCAUAAGCGGCGGCGAGAAUGUGAGCUCGGUGGAGGUGGAGUCGGUGCUGUAUGGCCACCCGGCGGUGAACGAGGCGGCGGUGGUGGCGCGUCCGGACGACUACUGGGGGGAGACCACGUGCGCGUUUGUUAGCAUGAAGGAAGGGGUGGCGGCGCCGCCGACGGAGGCGGAGGUGAUUGCUUGGUGCCGCGAGAGGAUGCCUCACUACAUGGCGCCGAAGACGGUGGUGCUCAAGCCGGAACUUCCCAAGACAUCAACGGGGAAGGUUCAGAAGUAUCUUCUGAGGGAGAUGGCCAAGGCCAUGGGAUCCCCCGGGCCGAGUCGGAUGUAGGGAAUCGGUAUGAGGGACGAGUUGAGGUAGGUAGGAGGUUUGUAUUGUACUUUAUUUUUUUAUUUGGAUUAGGUGGACGCGUCUAUGGUGUGGGACCGCGAAAAUUUGAUGCUUGCAUCUUGAAGAAGAAAGUUUCCCGGAUGUUGUAAGCGAAAUUGAUGUCAACACACAAUAGUCCCAAGGUUUUUCACCAAAUAUAUUACCAAUAAAUCUAUGCUGAGUAAUUUGGUUUGUCUUACUAGUGGCUAUGAUUUAAUAAUAAAUCUCAGUUGUCGAGUUUCUUAA